UAACCCGCGCGAACAUGUAUGGUGCAGUUCCGCGUGACAUGAAAGACGCAGGUUUGCUUCGCGAGACGAUGCGAUAACUAAUUAUAGACGGCGGGCCGUGGCUUUAUGAUGCCGUUGCUCGAUAAACUACUACCUGCGAGGAAGAGCAGACCGCGCGAGAGUGCCGAGAGCCUAGUGUCCAGUGCACGAACAACUGGAAAUGAUAGGAAUUCCGCGUUGCAAGUUGGAGCGAAUCAAGUGCGAAUUUUGUUAUUUCGAGAAUGCGAAUGGCGCGGUAGAAAACUUCUGUUUGAUUCGAUGACAGUCCAGAAACAUCGAAGUAAAAGCGAAACUGUGUGCACUGCGAUGAACAACAAUGCAGAAGGAAAAUGCGAGAUGCCUUUUAACAUAAGGACUGCUCACGAUUUUGAGCGAGAUAAAACUAUCGAAGAUGACGUGAGUCUCCUAAGCGAAAUGGUGUUUGGCACCGUGGCAAUGACGUACAGAGGAUCAUUAUUUAAGGUUCACUCGAUGAAUUCUCCUCCGUGCAUCAUGUGCACGAAAAUCUUUCCGGCGACAGAACAUGGCAUCUGCAAGACAAGUGAAAAAAUCUUGGAUGAAGGAUUAGGACGGUCCACGCACAUGGAUUCUACCUCCGGCAAUACUGGUAUGCGAUCAUUUCAGUCCCGGCCGAGUUCUGGCAAUCUGUCAAGUAACGAUUCGCACGUGGGUCCGCGAAAGAGUUCGACGUGCUCGAGUAUUGGCAGCGGCUGGGACGUAGACAUAGCUCCGCCGACGGGCAGUUCGCAAUCGUUGGAGAGUAACGGAUCGUCCGGACUCGGCAGCCUCACCAGUUUGCGCAGAAGAUGGUUAAGAGCGGUCUCGACUUCUCUCGGUCGAGCGGACUCCGAUGAUGCUUUCGGGAUGCAGCAUUGGAACGAGAACGGAAGCGACGGGCGUGACGGACACGCGAAACGACACAAAACCAGGCUGGGUUUGACAAUGUUAGUGCGAUUGGCUCAGGGCCAUGAAAGCCAGAUAAAAAUGCGGCUUUUAGAACACAUGGCUUUCUUAGAAGGGAUGCUGGAUCGCUUACGAUAUUUUUGCAUCGAGACAAGCAACAUUAAUGGUUUCAACUAUAAGAGGAUGCAAUUGACUGAUAGAAUGUGCAAGGCGACGUCUCGAUUUGUCAUUUCGCUGUUGCAUGUACUACUUGAUGUCGACGCUAACACACGCACACCUCUGUUGUGGCACGACAUUCUACUUAAUUCCGUGACAGUGAAUGAGAAGACAAAUACUUUGUAUCGCAGUUUGCAACAAAUGUGUCAAUUGUUCGACGAGCUCGAUACAAAAUCGACUAAUUUCUUUCUAAGCACUGUGGUAACUGCCGUAUUAACGUAUCAUCUCGGUUGGGUGUACACUGUGUUAUCCCCUCAUGAUCGGCACAUGAUCGAGAAAUUAGGUAGCUGGUACUCUUGCAAUCCAUUGUGGGCACAACUUGGCGACCUGUACGGCGCAGUAGGCAACCCUGUGAAAGUAGCGCAUACCGUAAUUGCAGGCGAUCCUCGAAAAAGUGAUUUAAUUAAUUCCGUUUUAUCGUUCUUAUCUUAUUUUAUUCGCAGUGGGACGAUACGAAAAUACCAGGAAUACCGUUGCACAUCGCAACAAGAUGUGCAGAUAGCGACGAAUAUGUUGGAACAGGCUCGCAAUAAACGGCCGUAUCUGUUUAGUAACAAAAGAUCGACGUGCGCGUUCAACGAUCGAAACGCCUUGAUUCGCAGGUGCGAGUCGCGCGUUUUACCAUCGCGUAAGUCGACACAAUCGUCCGAAACCGGAACCGACGAUAUUAACGCACAAUGCACUCCACGGUAUCCUGCGGAACGACCGAGGCUCUCGCGAUCAGUCAGUCCCCUGAAGCGUAGCGGCACCAUGAAAUCCGGCCUUGACACGCUCAUGAUGAAAUCGACCGAGGCUCUGCUAGACCUUAAGUUUCUAACGAAGGAAUUUUUAUUACGCGAAAAUCAGAAAAGCGAGAAAUACGAGUCGAUGCAGGAGAAUCGAUCUAAGGGCAGCGAGAAAAAUUUCAAAGUGUCGAACGAAGUAAAAAUAAUUGUUAGCGAGAUUGAAUCGCAGGAGGAUGUCAUGUCAAAGGGAUAUCAGCCACAAGAUUUCCUGCAGUUUCCUUUGCGAGGUUUCGAGAAGAAGUUGGGUGUGCAUGAUACUGAAGAGAGUCUCGCGACUGGAAAGACUGAGCUGCAUCAACAGCUGAAUAAUGUGGAUCCACUGAAAAUGUUUUACAGCAGACCCGAAUUAUCGCUUGAUACAAACGGUGGAUUUAUUGAUGAAUUUAAGGAAUCGCAAGUCUUUUUUACCCUCGGUGGGGAAGACAAAUCCGUGAAGUUACCGUUAAGACCGCGUCUUAAUAACAAUUGUCAGUGUUCUUACACCUUUACGAGACUACCUAGUACAUCUGCACAACUUCCGGAGGGCGUAUUGAGAAAGAUCAUCCAGCGAAACUUCCCCGAAUCGUCGAAGAGCAUGCAGCCUCCUCCAGAAGCAACGUCCAGUAUGGGUGCAAGGUCCAUAGGCUUUUGUUUGAAGUGCAAUGGUCAAGGAUACGUUGCCUCGCAAGAUUAUGACAGCAGCAAACAAGUGUUGGAAACGCCGACGAAUGCGACGGAGGUAUUACGCACGUGUGGAAGCUCUGAAGGUAGCAGAACCAUGAGAAUGUCGCGAUCCAAUAGCCUUGAGGCUUUGAUGGAAGCCAACAGUGUCGUGGAGUUGCCAAUGCCACAAUCAAGGAAAAUUUCACAGAUCAAAACUGGAUUAAUUAGAGAAAUGGGCUUUACGAAAACUCUCAUGCGAAAUAAGACUAUAAAUGACGAGACUAAUAUUCUAAGUACAGGUUAUACGUGGGGUUUGGUGCUACAAGGUAUAACUAAGAAAAAAAAGAGGAGAAAAAGGAAGAAGCUAUCAGAAGAUGAGAAGGAUAAUUCUGAAAUUGAAUCAGAAGAGAAGUGGUGGUCGUGUAUGCGUGAAGAAGUCAUGGCCAGCGCUCGAUUUCCAACGAUCGAUCAACCGGUUGCAGAAGCACUCUGCGUACUAGCUGACUUGGACACGUGGCACGUCGGAAUCUUAUCAAAUAAUGCGCCUUGGCAAAGUCCUCCACUACCGGUCGGAAUGUCACGUCUGGUAUCGAAUAUGUUGGAAUCUUUUGCCUAUGUAUGGCGAAAAUAUCACUCUCCUAUCCAUUGCAUAGCGAUUUUGGAGACUAAACUGAGAGAAUUAUGGUUAAGAAGCGAAGCCUUGGCGGAAAUGAUGAUGUCUAUGGAAGAGUCCGAUGCCAAUGUGAGCAGCUUGAUGAACGCUCUAGAUCUCGAUGCAGCGGACAUACCACUCUUACUUGCGGUCGCAACCACUCAUUCUCCGGAAAUAACGCAACGAUUUGGUCUUACACUAACUUGAACCCGUUCGAUUGUUUAUAGUUUUCUCCUCUUGGUAUUUUUAUAGGUAUCUUUUGAGUAGUGUAUCAAUAUGUGUUGUACCGAAGUAAAAAAAGCUAAUAAUUCUUCGCUCCGAAUAACACAUAAUUAAGUACACAAUACCUAAAUCGUGCGCGCGUAAAUCAAAUUAGACUAGGUUAGAUGUUAAGGUUUAUUCUCGCGUUUAAUCAUUCGUUUCAGCGUUUUUUAAUGAAUCACAUAGUUCUUAUACAACUAAAUCACAAUGGCUGAUAUCUUACUAAUAAAGUACGUACUGUCUAUUUGGUUUUUUACAUGAUUCAGGGCAA